ACAACAAAAUGUAAUGUAUAAGCCGGUUUUUAAAGUUUCAUAAAAGAAAAAUAAAUCUUUUCCGAUGUCUAAUAACUUGCAUAAAUCAGAAUCAUUAUCUUCAAAUACUAAUUGCAAUAAUAACCUACCUAAUUAUAAUAACCCGCCUAAAUAUCGUAGAACUCAGUCUGAUUUUUACUCUACUCAACCAGGUUCCACGUCAAAUUCUCGAGUAAAAAGUGUUCGAAGAAGCACAACCGGAUCGUUUUACGAUAAAAGUUCCACUACUCUUUUUUGGGAUUUGGUUGGUAGGGAAAAUUAUACUACUUCACUGAACAAUUCUCCUGUUCUCUGUAAUAGCUCCACACCAACAGAGGAAGAUUAUUUUGGUAUUGCUACGUAUUUUGUAAAUAAAAUUGGUUCAUGGUCUUGGCGAUCCAAACUAUCUCCCCGAACUGUACCCACUAUGAUUCCCAAAAGCGGCGAUAACUCAAUUAAUUUAUUAACAACAAAAUUUAAAGGAUUGCGCUCUUCUCCUACAAGUAUUACUAGCAUGUUUUUAGGUAGUUUAGAUAAAAAUACACAGAAAAAUAGCACCCCUUCUGUACCACCACAAGAACCAGAACCAAAUAAAUCAUUGAUGACUCCUAUUGAACUUCAUGGUAGAAAAGCAGACACUGAACCGGUUUUAGAUACUGAUAUGGCUGAACAGAUACGUCAACGACUUCCAAGACGUGUACGAUUGGCUCCAAGUUGGAAUUUACUGUAUAGUCUCGAUCAGGAUGGCACAAGUAUGACUACAAUGUAUCAUAAAGUGAAAGAUAAAGGACCCUUAAUAUUGGUAAUCAAAGACAUGGAUGAGCAGGUUUUUGGUGCGUUUGUCAGCGAACCAUUAAAACAACGUCCUUCUUAUUAUGGAAGUGGAGAAUGUUUCUUGUGGAAAUAUGUAAAUGAGGGUGAGACAUUACCACCCAAAGUUAAAUUUUAUAUGUGGACUGGAAGGAAUGAAUAUAUGAUAUUAAGUGAACAUGAUUAUUUGGCGAUUGGUGGAGGCGAUGGAAGGGUUGGUUUGUGGAUGGAUUCAGAUCUUGAAAGAGGAUCUUCAGCAAGAUGUGACACUUUUGAUAAUGAAGUCUUGUCUUCAACUCCUGAAUUUAUUUGUAUGGGGUUUGAAGUAUGGGGUUUCAAUUGAAUUGGAUUUUCUACUUCUCCGUAUUAAUAUUUAUUAUAUAAAACAGUAAAUUAUUUAACAAAAGUACCAAUUGUAUUUUGUAGAUUAACUUUAUUAUAUUUGUAUAAAAUUUAUUAUUAAAAUUAUUUUUUAGCUUGUAAAUAAU